AUGGAAGCCUUGGUAGUCAUUGGUAUCAUUGCCAACUUCGCGGGGAUCGUCAGCCUAGCAAUACAGCUCGCUGAAUUAUUGAAAAAAGCAAUCGACAAUGCGAGGACCGCCGACGAAAAGGUUCAGCACAUCGCCGCCGAGCUCCGAAAACUUGCCCGCGGUCUGACAGCACUGCAGACACUAUUGGAUGAAGACCUGAAAGCUUCAGGUGACCGCCUUUUCACCGACGAGGACUGUCGCAAUAUCCAUCGUAUUGUCCAGCAGUGUGACACAAUCUUCCGUCCUAUCGUCGUUUCAUUUGCAAAGAUGGGACGAGUGGCCUUGCCUGAUGCCGUUGACGAAAGCGGCGGUACUGCGGUUAUUCUUCACAACACUCUCACUUUCGAAUUCUCCAUGCUUGGACGCUUAAUGUGGCACUUCAAAUCACGGGAGAUCCUGCAGUCUGUCGCGGACUUGAACGAGUUGAAGGCCAGUCUUAUGCUCAUCAUCACCAAAGCAGAAGAGUCAAGGCAGAAUAGAAGGAGGGAGAAGGAGAUGGGCAGGGCAGCUUGGAAGAAAUGGAAGUGGGUGGUCUCUCUUCGACAACGGUGGAAGUCUUCCGCACUGCGCCACCACCAUCAAUCGACUACGCAUCUGGAGGAGGCAAAGCAGCAAUUGUGUAUCGAUGCAGCGCCUGCCAAGGACCUUUCGCUCUGGCGCCACGAGAAUCGCAGUCAUCAUUUGUAUUUGGAAGGAUAA